GGCGGGGAGGUUACUUUCAGCCUGAGACGAAAAGGGAAAGGCAGAGAAGAAGGGGAACCCUGAAAAGGAGGGUUUAGUGACAGCCCAGCUUCUUGCUCCCGGAGAGGUGCUCCGGGGAAGACUCUCCGUCUCUGCCGCGGGCCCCUUUAAGAAGCCAAGUCGGUGCCGUUACCGCCGCCGCUGCCGCUGCUUCUGCUGCUGCUGCUGCUGCUGUUUGGAUUGCUAAUCCCCAGGAGCCCGGUUUAAAAAAAGAAAAAAAAGAAAAAGAAAAAAAAGAAAAGAAAAGAAAAGAAAAGAAAAAAGAGGGGAGGGGGCGGGCAGCUGUCUCUUUAAAUGUGAUUUCCUUCUAUUGUAUUUGAACCGUGAUCAGGAAAAAGGAAAUGAAACCAGAGACAGAGGGAAGCUGAGCGAAAAUAGACCUUGGCGAGAGAGGAGGGAGCCCGGGGAAGAGCCGCGCGGGCCGCUCUCCGCCCCCCCACCCUCCCCAGGCCGCCGCCCCCCUCCCUGCCCUCGGCGCCCCGACCCCGGCGAAGGUGCGCAGGGGCUUGGGGCGAGCGGGCGGAGCCGGCGAGUGCGCGCGAUCGGGACCGGGCGGCGGCGGCGGCGGCGGCGGCGGUGACGGCAGCCGGACCGGGAUGGAAGGGAGCGCGGUGACCGUCCUUGAGUGCGGAGGGGCGAGCUCGCCGGCGGAGCGACCGAGCAAGAGGAGGCGCAGGAGCGGCGGCGCCCGAGCACCCGAGGGGGUCCGAGUCCAAGCGGCCGGCCAGCCGCGCGCCACAAAGGGAGCGCCCCCGCCGCCCGGCACGCCGCCUCCCUCCCCAAUGUCCUCGGCCAUCGAGAGGAAGAGCCUGGACCCGUCUGAAAACUGGCCUGAGCUUCAAACUUCCUGUUCUAAAAGAAGGGAACCAGUGGAUGAAGUGCUGCAGAUCCCCCCUUCCCUGCUGACCUGUGGUGGCUGCCAGCAGAACAUAGGGGACCGCUACUUCCUGAAGGCCAUCGACCAGUACUGGCAUGAGGACUGCCUCAGCUGUGACCUCUGUGGAUGCCGGCUAGGAGAGGUGGGGCGGCGCCUCUACUACAAGCUGGGACGGAAGUUGUGCAGGAGAGACUAUCUCAGGCUUUUUGGUCAAGACGGUCUCUGUGCUUCCUGUGACAAGCGGAUCCGUGCCUACGAGAUGACGAUGCGAGUGAAAGACAAAGUGUAUCACCUGGAGUGCUUCAAGUGCGCUGCCUGCCAGAAGCAUUUCUGCGUGGGCGACAGAUACCUUCUCAUCAACUCUGACAUAGUGUGUGAACAGGACAUCUACGAGUGGACUAAGAUCAAUGGAAUGAUCUAGGCCAGAGUCCCAGGCACCUUCAGCGAGGUGUUCCGUGAAGACACUGUCUCAGUGGGGUCUUCAUUCUUAGGCACUUUGGGAACCUGAGGGUGGGUGAGGCAUUUCUUAGGAAAUUCUUAACUCCCCCUGGGUACUAAGACAUAGCAUCCACAUGACAUAACUCGAAGGCCGAGAUUUGAGUCACAACAGGACCAGCCCUUAGAGAGAAAAAUGGUCGCAGUAGCUGACAAGAUUAGUGGAGGAAAUAUUUGGGAACCAGCAUGCACUGUGUCAUCAUGGUAGGAUUUCCAGGAUAGGCCGUGUUGGGUAAAGAUUAGGUAUGACCUUGGUGUUCAUGGACUAGAGAUGUGCAAUUAAUUUCUUCCUAGCUUCGGUAACUACCCUAUUCUAAUCACUGCCCUUCACACUAGGGAAGGAAAGAGAGAAGAGUAGUCAUUCUUUUUUUUCUUGGUCACCUUCCCACGGCCUAAAUCUCUGAAGCCAAGGGAAACUGCAUGGAGGUACAUUUCAGUUGGGAAUGAAAUACACAUCUUUCAACCAAACAAAUAUUGAAAGCGAUGUUGAUGGAUCACUGUUUUUAGACACCUUCAUUUUGAGGUGAGGCAUCCCACAGAUGGUUUCUAUACAAAUGUAAAUCUUAAAAAAAAAAAAGUCAAAGUUGUUCAACUAUUUUAUUAUCUUAGAUUAUAUCAAAGUAUUUGUUGUGUGUCAUUAAAAAAACUCGAUUCUGAAGACUUAAUAAAAAUGGCAAGCUCA